AACGCUUGCAUUUGUUUUUCUUUUUAUUAAGCGUUUAAGAGAUAGAAUCCAUGAUUGCCGAACAAUUUAGAACUUUUUAAAAAACCUAGAUAAAAUGGCAUUUAAUUACUUUGUUACUGCCCAUAAGCCUACUGCUGUGAAUGCGUGUGUCACAGGAAACUUCACUUCAAGUGAUGAUUUGAAUUUAAUUAUAGCCAAAAAUUCUCGACUUGAGAUCUAUGUAGUGACACCAGAAGGCUUGCGACCAGUGAAGGAAGUUGGCAUCUAUGGACGUAUUGCUGUUUUGGAGCUGUAUAGGCCACCAGGAGAGCUCAAAGAUUUGAUGUUUGUUUUAACAACCAAGUACAAUGCAAUGAUCCUGGAAUGCCAACAUGAUGGAGAGACUAUUGAGAUCAUUACUAGAGCACAUGGCAAUGUUCAGGAUCGUAUUGGCCGCCCAUCAGAGACUGGUAUUAUUGGUAUCAUAGACCCAUUGUGCCGCGUGAUUGGACUGAGAUUAUAUGAUGGUCUGUUUAAAGUUAUACCGCUCGAUCGAGAUAAUAAGGAACUUAAAGCCUUCAAUGUCAGACUGGAGGAGCUGACUGUUAUAGAUAUCCAAUUUCUGCAUGAUUGUACCACACCUACUAUAAUACUUGUACAUCAGGAUCAGCAUGGUCGACAUGUUAAGACAUAUGAGAUAUCAUUACGGGACAAAGAUCUAAGCAAAGGGCCCUGGAAACAGGAUAAUGUUGAAACAGAAGCCUGUAUUCUUAUUGCAGUACCGUCACCAUUUGGUGGGGCAUUGAUUGUUGGUCAGGAGUCUAUCACAUAUCAUAAAGGAGACCAGUUUAUACCGAUAGCACCACCAGCCAUAAAGCAAAGUACAAUAACCUGUUGUGGGAAGGUGGAUGCUAAUGGCCAGAGGUAUCUGUUGGGAGAUAUGAAUGGUAGACUGUUCAUGUUACUGCUCGAAAAGGAUGAAAAAAUGGAUGGUUCGUCAACAAUCAAAGAUCUGAAAGUUGAACUGCUUGGAGAAACAAGUAUUGCAGAGUGUAUCACAUAUUUGGACAAUGGUGUUGUUUAUGUUGGCAGUAGGUUAGGUGACUCACAACUUAUAAAGUUAAACAUUACUCCAGAUGAGCAAGGUUCCUAUGUACAAGUCAUGGAGACAUUUACUAAUCUAGGACCUAUAGUUGACAUGUGUGUCGUCGACCUAGAAAGGCAAGGUCAAGGACAGUUGGUGACAUGUUCUGGAGCAUACAAGGAAGGCUCUCUGAGAAUUAUAAGAAAUGGUAUAGGUAUACAUGAACAUGCAAGCAUUGAUCUUCCUGGUAUCAAAGGUAUAUGGUCACUGCAAGUGGAUUCAGAGCGAUAUGAUAAUAUGCUGGUCUUGUCAUUUGUUGGACAGACAAGAGUGUUACAGUUGAGUGGUGAAGAAGUGGAGGAGACUGAGGUUGCAGGUUUCAACUCAGAACAACAAACUUUCCUGUGUGCAAAUGUCUUUGGUGAUCAGAUAGUACAGAUCACUCCACCAGCUGUACGAUUAAUCAGCACAGCUACAAAGAAGUUAGUCAGUGAAUGGUCACAUCCUGGAGGAAAGAACAUCUCCCUGGGCAGCUGUAACCAUACACAAGUUGUUGUAGCAGCAGGAAGUGAAUUGUUCCUGCUGGAAAUAAAUGCAGGGUCCAUCAAACAAGUCAGUACAACAGUGGUGGAACAUGAGAUAGCGUGUGUGGACAUUACACCACAAGUUGAGGGAGAGAAUAAAUCUGACAUUGUUGCCAUCGGCUUGUGGACAGAUAUCUCUGCCAGGAUACUCAAACUGCCAUCUUUCGAAAGUCUUCAUGUGGAAAUGCUGGGUGGAGAGAUAAUUCCCCGAUCUAUACUGAUGACAACAUUUGAAGGGAUCCACUAUUUACUGUGUGCACUAGGAGAUGGUUCCCUCUUCUACUUUCACCUUAACAUCCAUACAGGUUAUUUAACAGACAAGAAGAAAGUGACACUUGGUACCCAGCCAACUGUAUUGAGAACGUUCAAGUCCUUAUCAACAACAAAUGUGUUUGCGUGCUCUGAUAGACCUACUGUGAUAUACUCUAGCAACCAUAAACUUGUCUUUUCUAAUGUCAACCUUAAAGAGGUGAACCAUAUGUGCCCUCUGAACUCUGAAGGUUACCCUGACAGUUUGGCUAUUGCAAAUGACAACACACUAACAAUAGGAACUAUAGACGAGAUACAGAAACUCCAUAUCCGUACCAUACCGCUAGAGGAAUCUCCUAGGAGGAUAGCAUACCAGGAAUCCUCACAGACUUUCGGUGUGAUCUCGAUGCGUAUGGAUGUGCAGGACGGUUCAUCCACCACCCCAACACGAAUGAGCGCAAGCACUCAUGCCUCCUCUACGUCUAGUAGUAACAACUCAAAGAUGGUUUCCACGGGAACAAGCAUGAUUGGAGAACACUCAUACGGAGAUGAAGUGGAGGUUCACUCACUUCUUAUUAUAGAUCAACACACUUUUGAAGUCCUACAUGCACACACACUGCUACAAAAUGAGUUUGCUACAAGCUUGAUCUCUGCUAAACUGGGAGAUGAUCCAAACACUUAUUUUAUUGUUGGAACAGCCUUGGUGAACCCUGAAGAGGCAGAACCUAAACAAGGAAGAAUUAUUGUCUUCCAUUGUCAGGAAGGAAAAGUGACCCAGAUAGCUGAGGAGGAAAUUACAGGGGCUGCAUAUACCUUGUGUGAAUUUAAUGGAAAAUUACUGGCCAGUGUCAACAGUACUGUACGGCUGUUUGAAUGGAGAACUGCGGAGAAGGAAUUAAAGUUAGAAUGUUGUCACUACAAUAAUAUCAUAGCUUUAUAUCUGAAGACAAAAGGAGAUUUUAUCUUGGUUGGAGACCUCAUGAGAUCUAUCACGUUACUGUUAUACAAGUCUAUGGAGGGUACUUUUGAAGAGAUUGCACGAGACUGCAAUCCAAACUGGAUGACAGCAGUAGAAAUCCUGGACGAUGAUAUUUUCCUUGGAGCUGAAAAUAGCUUUAAUUUGUUCACUUGCCACAAAGACAGUGCUGCAACCACAGAUGAGGAACGACAGAAUCUACAAGAAACUGGUCUCUUCCAUCUUGGUGAAUUUGUCAAUGUUUUUAGACACGGUUCCUUGGUGAUGCAACAUUCAUUUGAGAGUAGUACACCAACCCAGGGCUCUGUCUUGUUUGGUACAGUCAAUGGUGCAGUAGGUCUAGUCACUCAGUUACCACCAGACUUCUACCAUUUCUUGCUGGACGUGCAGGGAAGGUUGGCUAAAGUGAUCAAAAGUGUUGGCAAAAUAGACCACUCAUUUUGGCGGUCAUUUCACACGGAACGUAAGACAGAAGUAUGCACAGGUUUUAUUGAUGGUGACCUUAUUGAAAGUUUCCUGGAUCUCUCGAGGGACAAAAUGUCUGAGGUUGUACAGGCGCUACAGAUUGAUGAUGGCAGUGGAAUGAAGAGGGAUGCAACUGUAGAUGAUCUUGUAAAAAUGGUUGAGGAAUUGACAAGGAUUCAUUAGCUUUAGCUGGCCCAAAAAUUUAUAUACUGUGCUGUAAAGAUUCGCUUUGCGGUAGAAAGCAUGUUUACACAUACCAUGUUUGUUUCUAAACCUUGGCUAAAUGGCAUGUCAGUUGAUCAUGUGGAUGUAGGAAGAGAGUGAUUGUAUUUACAUCUCUGCCGGGUUGGAUUGUCUACAGACUUGUUACUUAUUACUUGGUACAGUAACAAAAAUAUUGUAGGACUUGUUUAGCCAGUUU